AUGGACAUCAAGGGCACGCAGCCCUCUACCUGGGACCAGUACGAUGGCGUGCGGGGCUCGUCGGUGGGCUCGCAGUCCAGCCGCGUGCAGUGGGACGAGCUCGAACGCCGCCCCAGCGAGCAGAGCGCCUCCAACGCAGGCGCCUCUUCAGCGCUCAAUGGCACCUUGCGGCGAAGGAGGUCCUCGGUGUCGCAGCAGUUGCAUACGCUGGUCGAUGCAGGCGGCGUCAACAGCAUCAACAACUUCGCCCGCUCGUGGCAGCGUGCUGCAGGCUUCUUCGAAAUCACCCCCGUGCGCCCGAGCUUUCGCGUAGAGAGCGAAGACGAGGCGGACGAGACACCCACCGCCGAGUUCCCACGCACAGGCUUUGUCCCAAGCUCCCUCGCAGAGCACCGCUCAGCCCUUCGCAAUGCGCUGCAGACACAGGGCCGGCGCACGUCUGAUCAGGCUGUCGUAGACGAAGAGAGCGCCGCAACCGAGAGCUCACGCCUCUUGCCCAAGGACUCCCAGCAGCGGCUACGAGGACGAGACGACAGCAUCUUCAACAUUGAGCCUUCGCUCUCUUCGCCCUUUGGUGGCAGCUAUGGUACGGCCUACGGAAGCUUGUCUUCGCGCGUCAACGAGUCUUCCAUGCGCCAUGCCGGACGCUUGUUCGCUGAGCAGCAGACCAAGGGCGUGCAAGAGCCCGAGCAAGAGCGCGAGCCGCUGCUAGUCAAGCAGGUCGAGGAAGACGGACAAAUCAUCAACGUGGUAGUUGGGCAAUCAACACUUCCGCAGACCAUCUUCAACUCGGUCAACGUUCUAGUCGGUGUGGGGCUGUUAACGCUGCCCCUAGCCCUGAAAUACUCUGGCUGGGUGAUCGGCAUGAUCUUCCUCGCCUGGUCGGCCAUUGUUACCUCGUAUACCGCAAAACUGCUUGCCAAAUGCUUGGAUGUCGACAAUUCACUCAUCACCUUUGCCGAUCUGGCCUAUGUCUCGUUCGGCAACAAGGCCCGCGUUGCUGUCAGCAUACUCUUCUCUCUCGAGCUUCUGGCAGCUUGUGUCGCGCUCGUGGUGCUUUUCGCUGACAGCAUGGAUGCUUUGAUUUCUGGGUAUGGCGUUAUGACCUGGAAGAUUGUCUGCGGUGUCAUUCUGAUCCCCUUGAGCUUCCUUCCUUUGCGCAUGCUCUCGUUCACGUCCAUUUUGGGUGUCAUGUCCUGCUUCGGUAUCACAAUCGCUGUAUGGGCAGACGGCCUCAUCAAGUCCGAAGCCCCUGGCUCUAUCCGUGAGCCUAUGGCCCAGUACCUCUUCCCUGAGAACUGGAUGACAAUCCCUCUGUCUUUCGGCCUACUCAUGUCUCCUUGGGGCGGUCACUCCGUGUUUCCCAACAUCUACCGGGACAUGAGACACCCCUACAAAUACCAUCGCGGAGUCAACAUUACCUACAUCUUUACCUACAUUAUCGAUAUCGGCAUGGCAUGCGCUGGUAUUCUCAUGUUCGGUGAUGGAGUGAGUGAGGAGGUUACGAACAACAUUUUCAAGACUGCUGGCUACCCUCCAGGACUAUCGGUCUUCAUCGCCAUCUGUAUUGCCAUCAUUCCACUCACCAAAGUUCCACUGAACGCGCGUCCCAUCGUUUCCACGCUCGAAGUUCUUUUCGGUCUCGAUACACGCGCAAUGGCUGUCUCGUCUUCCCUGAACGGCAUGUCGGGCCUCAAUCGUGGCCUCUUUAAGGUUUCGCUACGUAUCAUUACAAUCGUUGUCUUCGUGAUCAUCGCGAUUGUAUUCCCGUCGUUCGACCGCAUCAUGGCGCUUCUCGGCAGUGUCGCCUGCUUCUCCAUCUGCAUCGUCCUGCCGCUGGCCUUCCACUUGAAGCUUUUCGGCAAGGAGAUUGGAACGGCAGAGAAGACAUUGAACUGGGUCUUGAUCGUCUUUAGCACAAUCUUGGCCGUUAUUAGCACAGGCUUUGCCUGUGUACCGAAGGAGUUGAUCGGCGCCUAA